UUCGCAAAGCCCUCUGUCCCAGGACUCGUCAAGGAACGCCUGGCUUUCCGUCUGCUGUAAGAGCAAGACUCUCCUCCUUUAGAUUCUUGAAAAUAUACAUCUUAAGAAUUUGCCUCUGCGGCUUCACUUUCUCAUCCAGAUCACCAGAAAAAGUUAAGAUGAAGGUUGUGGGAUCUACCUGCGCGAUGAAGAGCAAAGUGGGCGGCGAGGACGUGGUGCGCUGCCUGUCCGACCAGAGCCUCACCAUCUCCAAAUGCAAGAUCCCUCUUCUGGAUGAGCAGAUGAGUGUUUUCCUGCAAGACAUGAACAGCUGCUACAGCAAGCUCAAGGAACUGGUGCCCACCCUGCCUCCCAACAAGAAGGCCAGCAAGGUGGAGAUCCUGCAGCACGUCAUCGACUACAUCUGGGACCUUCAGGUGGAGCUCGACUCGCCGGGGAUGAACCGCCCGCAGACAUCCAGCAGCUCGCCCCUCACCCGCACCCCCCUGACAACCCUGAACGCGGAGCUGAGCAGCAUCUCCGUCGAGAAUGGAUGCUCAGAUGACAGAAUCCUGUGCCGCUGAUCUGCACAGUGCCAACGCUCCCCAGGCGAAGGAGAUGGCAAUAUGAAGAAGAAGCAUCCUUUCCCAGAGCCCCUUGAAUGAAACGGGGGGGGGGGCUGUGGAACACCGUUCCAGCAUUCACAUGAGAGCAGAGCGCAUGAGCGCUUAAAGCUGAAAGAAGGAACGGAACUGUGUAGAUAGAGCUGUCCUCAUCCCUCCGAUUUGGAGGAACCCGGGUUCAAGAGGAGGGGACAACGGUGUACAUCCCAUAUGUUUCUUAUACUGGACUCCACACGAAAGACUUGUAAUCUUU